GUGGACUUCCUAAGAAAGAGGUGGUUGGCCGUUUCCUAUUGUAAUUUGUAGGCAUCGGUUGCACUAAAACAAAAUCAGCUUGCAGUGUCGCACAUUUUCAAGAUUCAAGGCCGUGCACACUUCAUCAUUUCUUUAACUAUCAAACAGAAAUGUGCAAUGCAUUUUUUUUUUAUAUCACAGAUAUUUUAGCAGAGGUCAAUUUUUAUUAUAUUAGAGAGAUAUUCAAGGAGAGGUUAUUUCUUAUAGAAAAAUUGGGAAAGCACAUGUUGAUUGCUGUCCAGAGGGGGAAAAAAAUUCAAUAGAUUUGAAGGAAAAAAUAACGUAUUUUUGGGUUGGGGGAUGAAGGGGGCAUGGAUUUUUGGCCAGAGUUCCUUGCAAGUAGUUGGGGCAAAGAAUUUGUGGCUGGUGGAUUUGGAGGAAUAGCUGGUCUCAUUUCUGGUUAUCCACUCGACAGCAUCAGAGUUCGCCAGCAAAAUUCUAAGAGUGGUUCUGCUUUCAACGUUUUCCGCCAUGUAGUCUCUAAAGAAGGUCCCUUGUCUCUCUACAGGGGCAUGGCUGCUCCUCUAGCCUCCGUCACCUUUCAGAAUGCCAUGGUAUUUCAGAUCUAUGCAACACUAUCGCGAACAUUUGACAGAAGUAUCCCAUCAAGCGACCCGCCCUCAUACAAAGGAGUGGCUUUGGGUGGCACUGCAGCAGGAGCAAUUCAGAGCCUAAUUAUGAGCCCUGUAGAACUGGUGAAAAUCCAAUUACAAUUGCAAAGCAAAACCAAUCAAGCAACUAGACUCAAGGGUCCAAUAGAUGUCACAAGAAGAAUUUUCAGACAGGAAGGUUUGAGAGGAAUCUACCGAGGAUUAACCAUUACUGUCCUCAGAGAUGCACACUCUCACGGUCUAUAUUUCUGGGUAUAUGAGUAUACUAAGGAGCAACUUCACCCUGGCUGUCGCAAGAACGGUCAAGAGAGCUACCAAACAAUGCUAAUAGCAGGUGGUCUUGCAGGAGCUGUUAGCUGGAUAAGCUGCUACCCCUUAGAUGUUGUUAAGACCAGACUCCAAGCUCAAUCAGAGUCUAAAUCUGCAAAAUACUGCAGUAUUGUUGAUUGCUUCAGGCAAAGUGUAAGAAACGAGGGACACGGUGUGCUUUGGAGAGGCUUGGGAACUACAGUUGGCAGAGCAUUCCUAGCCAAUGGGGCUAUAUUCACUGCCUAUGAAACUGCCCUGAGGUUCCUUUGUAAGCAACAAUGACAAAUUGAUAAUGAUCAUACUAAUGUCCAAUCUGACAAAGCAUUAUAAAAGUGGACUAAAGAACUUCUCUUUA